GCUAAUAAUGUCGUGGCAAACCGGGUUAAUCAAAACAAUUUUGGACCCUGCUAAUCUAAUUAUAUCAACGGAUACAGCAGUUGUAAUUGCCGAUAAAUAUCCAAAAGCCCGUCAUCAUUAUCUUGUGCUACCAACCGAGGACAUUCCCAACAUUUUUCAGUUGAGCAAAAAACAUUUGCCACUGCUGGAAGAAAUGCAUUUGUUAGCACGCAAUAUUAUUGAAGUGCGCGGCGAAAGUUGGUCGGAAUUUCAAAUUGGAUUUCAUGCUCAGCCGAGCAUGCAACGUUUGCAUUUGCACGUCAUUUCAAAGGAUUUCGUAUCUAGCGCGUUGAAGACCAAAAAACAUUGGAAUAGCUUCAAUACGCCGUUCUUUGUGCCGUACGAAACACUUUAUUCCAGGCUCAAAGGCGAGGACUGCUUUCAACGUUUACCCACAGAUAUUGUGAACGGGCUGCUUGCCAGUCCUCUAAAAUGCAAUAAGUGUGAAUUUAUUGCAAAAAGCUUUCCAAUGCUUAAGGAUCAUCUGCAACAACACCAUCUAAGAAAAAUGGCCGAUAAGAAGGAAGCUGCAAAAUGCAGCUUGACACGUAUAUUGCAAAAGAAACGGGAAUGUCUAAUUGAAACUGAACUAGCAGCAGUCAUGAAAGAUGCUUAUCCCAAGGCGCAAUAUCAUUUUCUGGUCGUGCCCAAAGAGGACAUUUCCAAUGUGACUGCGAUGACGGCGGAUCACUUACAGCUCUUGGAUCACAUGAAGGAGCUGGCAAAUCAAAUAAUCGAACAGCAGAAAAAUUUGCCCUCCAGUCACUUUCUGAUUGGCUUCAAGAUCGAUCAGUUUAUGAAUCGUCUUUGCAUGCAUGUAAUUUCCAAUGAUUUCUACUCGGAAUCCAUGCGACGCAAACAGCACUGGAACAGCUUCAACACUGCCUUGUUCCUCACCUAUCAAACGGCUUACGCCCUGCUGCGUGUCCAGGGAUUCAUUGAGCCAAUGCCCGAGGAGGAGAUGCAAAAGUUGCGAAAUUCAAUUGAAUUGCGAUGCAAUCAAUGCGAUUUUGUUAGCAAGGGUUUGGUGGUUUUGAAGGCUCACCUCUUCACACAUUGGAAGGAGCGAGAGGACAAGUUUACGAUCAAAGAUCAAGUGGAAAAACUCACUCGCAUUUUGGACGAAACCAAAUUGACGCCAAUCGCUAAAGUGCUGGAAGAUCAAUCUCAGCGCAUUGUUCCGUCCAAGGGACAGCAACAGGGCGAUCAACAGUCGCCGCCGGCUUCAUAUCUAAAUACGUUCGCGAGCCACUUUCCAAGGACAGUGUCCAAUCGAUCAGCUAGUUCUGGAAACCACCAAACAAAUCCUAAUUGGCAAAGGGCUAACCAAAAUCCACAUAUGAACUCGAAUAAUUCGGUAUUCAAUCAGCAAUUUCAGCAUUUUUCAAAUUAUCGUCUGGGCCAUUCCCCAAAUAAUUUGAGGACAUCGUCCCACAGGCCUGCUGGUCCUGGAAACCAUCAAACAAAUCCUAAUCCUGGUCAGCAUGCUCCAAAGUGGCGAAGGGCCAACCAAAAUCCACAAAUGAACUCUAAUAAUUCAAUAUUCAAUCAGCAAUUUCAGCUGGGCCAUGCUCCAAAUAAUGUUAACAUGCCGCAUCAGGCUCCAUUCAAUCCAUUUAAGCAAUAUCCCAACAUGAGGCAAGCGGCUCCUAACAAAAAUGGCUCCCAUGCCACGCCCCAAAACAUGAACAAUAUUAAUGGAGCAGAGUGUUCUCCACCCUUGAAUAUUAAACAGCAAGGCAGCAAUUACUCAAAGCCGAAUAUACAUAAAUGUUUGGGCUCACAACAGUUCGCAAAUACUGUUAAUCAGGGUCAGAAUCCGUCUCAGGCCAACAAACCGAAACCAUUCAAGGAAAACCCAGCCUCGAAAACAAAAGCAAAAUCAAAAUAAAUAAGAAACUCAUUAAAUAUAUUUGUUUGGUCAAACUAAUUCAAACACAGCUGAUCGCGGCUUUGCACAACACUGGUGGAACUUAUUCACUUAUGUUAACAAUACUUGUAAUUUAGUAACAAUAUUCAUAUAUAUAUAU